UGUCAGUGUCAGUGUUAGUGUCAGUGUGAGCAGGGGUGCUCUGUGUGUGUGGGAGGGGUGGGGAUCUCUGUCAGUGUCAGUGUGUGCAGGGGUGCUCUCUCUGUGUGUGUGUGUGUGGGUUAGGGAGCUCUGUCAGUGUGAGUGUGAGCAGGGGAGCUCCCUCUCUGUCUGUCUGUCUGUGUGUGUGUGUCUGAGUGUGUGUUUGUGUGGGUGGAGGAGGGCUGGGGAGCUCUGUCAGUGUGAGUGUGAGCAGGGAGCUCCCUCUCUCUCUCUGUGUGUGUGUGAGAGAGAGAGAGACAGGAACAGACACACACAGGGAAUACUGAAGCAAUGGUUUUGAUCUUACACCAUAUACUCAUCGCCCUGUUUCGAUCUUUCAGGCGAGGACAGCAGCUCAAUACAAAACCAGAGAUCGACCCAUCUAGCUCCGUGGCUGUCCAGAACGCUCUGUUGGACCUUGCCUCAGUCAUCGACACCCUGUCAUUACGAGCUGUCAUCAGUGAUGUCCUCUCAACUGUCAUUCCCAACGUGGAGAACAUCUUCAUCUACCUGCUGGAUGUAGCCUCAAACAAGAUGCUGUGUGACAAUCCCCCACACGAGAUGUCCAACGAGGGCAGACUAAGAGAAGCAGUGAUCACAAAGUCAAGAAUUGAAUGUAACGGGCUACACAAGACUGACAUCCAGGUCACCAAGAUGAGCCACAUGGUGGCUCCGUUGCCAAGCGACAAACAAGUGAUCAUUAUCCCUGUGAUGGAUGAGAAUGUGGAGAGAGUGAUCUCUGUGAUUGUGAUUUAUUGUGGUGUCCUGGAGAACGUCGAUGAACUGUCGCUGAACCUUCUAGAAAAACACAUCUGUGCGACUUGCAAAAGGGUGCACGCGCUCCUGAACCCGCUGAGCUGGAGCCACAUCGGUUUACAUCAGAGCUACACAGCAGAGGCAGAGCUACCCGGGGCAUUCAAUGAGCUCGACCACAAGAUUCUCCAGCUGUGCGGUGAACUGUACGACCAGGAUGCUGCUUCCCUUCAGCUGAAAGUUAUUCAUUAUUUACAGGAGGAAACUCAGUCGACAUGUUGCUGCAUGCUGGUGUUAUCGGAAGACAAUGGUCAACUCUUCUGUCGGGUUGUUGGAGAUAAAGUUCUGGAGGAGGAGAUUCUCUUUCCGUUGUCGUUUUCUGAUUUUGAACAGUCGGAGAAAGACAGUAAAUCGAUGACAUUGAAUGACAUCACAGCGGAGCAGCAUCGUCAGCUAAACAACAUCCUAGGAUUCGAGGUUUACUCCAUGUUGUGUGUUCCUGUCAUCUCUAAAGCAACUGCGCAGGUAGUCGCCAUGGGCUGUGCAUUUAACAAGCGAUCAGGCCAUUAUUACACUGAAGUGGAUGAGCACAAGAUUCGACAUUGCUUCCGGUACACAGCGACAGUCCUGACAAGCACAAUGUCUGUUCAGAAGGAGCGCAAACUAAAGUUUGAAUGUCAGGCCUUACUUCAAGUUGCCAGGAACCUCUUCACACAUUUGGAUAAUGUUUCAGUCCUGCUCCAAGAGAUCAUACAAGAAGCACGGAAUCUUACUAAUGCAGAGAGCUGUUCCGUGUUUCUCCUGGAGCAGGACAAUAAGGAGCUGGUUGCAAAGGUGUUCGAUGGGGGCUUUGUAGCUGAUGAGUCCGCCGAAUUCAGGAUGCCAGCUGACCAGGGCAUCGCUGGGCACGUGGCCACUACGGGCCAAAUCCUCAACAUCAAGGAUGCCUACUCUCACCCGCUCUUUUACCGGGCCAUAGAUGACAGCACCGGCUUCCGCACUCGGAACAUCCUGUGCUUCCCAAUCAUCGAUGACAACAACCAGAUUGUAGGAGUGGCAGAGCUGUGUAACAAGAUAAACGGACCCUGGUUUACAAAGUUUGAUGAAGAUUUAGCUCUGGCCUUCUCCAUUUACUGUGGGAUCAGCAUUGCUCAUUCGUUGUUGUACAAGAAGGUUCAUGAAGCCCAAUACAGGAGUCACUUGGCGAAUGAAAUGAUGAUGUACCAUAUGAAGGUAACAAACGAUGAGGUCACGAAAAUGCUGAGAUACGGGAUACAACCAGUGGAUGAGAUUCAUCCAGACUUUUCCACAUUCUCCUUCACCCCCCGCUCCCUUCCUGAGGAAAUCACGACUAUGGCAAUACUAAGUAUGGCAGAGGACAUGAAAUUCAUCGUCACCUACAAGAUAGAAGUGCCGACUUUAACAAGGUUCUGCAUGAUGGUUCGACGGGGAUACAGAGACCCUCCGUAUCACAACUGGAUGCAUGCCUUCUCUGUCACCCACUUCUGUUACCUUCUCUUCAAAAACUUACCACUUCUCGACUACUUACAGGACAUGGAGAUUUUGGCUUUGUUUGUGUCGUGUAUGUGUCAUGACCUGGACCACCGAGGGACAACAAACUCAUUUCAAGUGGCAUCAAAAUCUGUGUUGGCUGCACUGUACAGUUCUGAAGGAUCAGUCAUGGAGAGACACCACUUUGCACAAGCCAUUGCCAUCUUGAAUUCCGAAGGGUGCAACAUCUUUGAAACCUUCUCUCGGAAGGAUUACCAGAAAAUGCUGGACAUGAUGCGUGACAUUAUUCUAGCAACUGACAUGGCCCAUCACCUACAUAUCUUCCCACAACUACAGGAAAUGGUUAAAGCUUACGACAGUGACAAUCCCAAACAUCACAAGCUGCUGUUGUGCCUGCUAAUGACUGCCUGCGACCUCAGUGAUCAAACCAAAGGCUGGAAGACCACGACAAAGAUAGCGGAACUGAUUUAUAAAGAAUUCUUUUCACAAGGAGAUCUGGAAAAGGCAAUGGGGAACAAUCCACUCGAGAUGAUGGACAGAGAGAAGGCUUAUGUUCCCGAACUCCAGAUCAGCUUCAUGGAACAUAUUGCAAUGCCAACUUAUAAGCUCCUCAAUGACAUCAUGCCAAAGGCAGAGAUUCUGUACCAGAGUGUGAAGGUGAACCGGGACCAGUGGGUAAAAAUUACCUCAAAGUUCACCACAACGGGCCUCCCGAGUGACAACUCACUGGACUUUUUAGAUGAAGAUGCGACAGGUGUAACAUCGUCACCAAGCCCUUCUCCAGUGACUCAGAGCAGCAUACCUAACAACACACAAUCCACAUCUGAACAAUGAUUAUUUUUAUUGCAGUUUAAAAGAACAGAAACAAAAUACAACAAAAAAAAAUCAAGGAAGUGACUGACAACAGCAGAAAUUGGCAUCUUUUAAAUUUAUUUAUUUUUUAUAGGUCUGAAUAUUAACUGAAUGGUUACUCCCCAGCAUCUCUUUCUCACUCAUGUUUUUUUUCUCCUAAUGUUUGCACUUGACAGAAACAAACAGUUGCAUUGAUAUAGCACCUUUAAGGUAGUCUAAGUACCAUCGCACGAGAAUGUUUCACUGGAGUGUUAUCAGACAGGUGUUGACACCGGCACGCACAUUAUGACAAAAGGCCAUAAGGUAAUUUUGUUGAGGCACAUUUUGAAAGGAGAUGCACGGAGGCCAAGGGGUUGAGGGAAGGAAUUCCAGGAUUCCGGGUGGGGUGGGAGUGGCAGCUGAAGGCAUGGCUGCCAAUGGUGGAAUCAGUGGGAGUUGGGCACACGGAAGAGGCCAAAAUUACAGGAGUCUGGGCGGAGGGGAGGGAGGGAGUGGUCACUGCGUACACUGGAGGAUGUCGUGGAGAGUGGGGCCUGCGAGGGAGGCGAGACCUGAAAAAGCAGACCAGGAUCCAGCCUCAGUCAUCCAGCUAGUGGCAAUGGGUGAACAGGACUCCACUGCCCAUUCAGCAAAGAGGUAGCAGCUCAGUUGGACAGAGAGCAGAAGCUGGGAAGCAGGCCAGGAAAACGUGGAACAUUUCUGACCAAGAGGUACCCCAAUCACUAGUACCUUACUCACCCCACCACUCAACCAGCCAUGUCCCUCCUCCUCUGCCACACUCUGCGGUCUUAGCUCGUAAUUCAGCUCCAGUGUGGGAGUGGGGUCACACUUAGCCUGGAGAGUGGUGUGGGCAGCAGUUUCUGCUGUGCUUCUGUACCCAACAAAUGGGCAGCAUGGGAGGGGAGGUGGUGUGUUUGAACUCUUUGGUUCUUUGUCCCUCCCAAGAGCCCACAGUUGGAUCCUCUAUUAAACGUUGGUGUUCCAUUCCAAGCAAGGAGAGUGAGAACAAUGAUGGUCAGUGCUGUAACUGUACACAUUAAAAACUCAUUACUCAAUUGGCACCAGCAUCCAAAGCUGAAACUUAUAGCAACGACAGAGGCCAAUCAACCCAUCACACUUGUGCUGGUCACAGGGGUGAGAUCUAGGUGAAUUCCAGUUCCCUUUUUUCCAUGCUGUUACCCGUCACACACAUUUUUAAAUCUUCCAUCACACUCUCAGUGAGUUCCAAACUCACAGUUACUGUGUAUCUAAUCCUUACAUCAGCUACUUAACAUCGCAUCGAUCUAUCGACAUCCCUGCUUAAGGGAAUCCAUCCCUCCUAUUCACUCAAUCUUGUCCCCUCAUAAUGUUAUACACUCAAACCAAAUUUCCAUUCAGAUUUCCCUCUGUUCCAGAGAAACCAUCCCAUGCCGAUGUAGUCUUUCCUCAUCAUCCGAACUCUCUAAACUCCAGGCAACAUGCUGGUAAAUUUCCUCACUUGCAACCUCAUUUCUUUCUGUAAUGUGGUCAGAACUGUCUGUAGUGCUCUAGCUGUGGUCUGACUAAUUUUUUUUUAACCAAUGAUGUCCCUGCUUUGUUACACCAGGCCUCAGCCAAUCCCACACAGCUCCUUAACGACCUGACCUACUUGGCCCAGGGAUCUGUUGUCAUCUGUUCCUAAUUUCCUUUCCAAUUUUGUAUUAUCUCACACAAGACUUCCUUUUUACCCCCCUAAUCCUUCUCUGUAAAUUCCUCGUUAUACCCACCAUUCUAGAUUUGGGAGUCCCACCCUUACUCCUUGUGAGCACAUAUUGGUCCCAAACUCUGAAAAUUACCAUCUUGAAUAGUUUGCUCCGUCUGAUGUUGAUUUCCCUUCAAAUAGCUGUUCUGAGUCCCUGUUUGCUAAAUGAUGCUCGCAUUUAGAUCAAAUUGGCCUUUCCCACUUGAGAUCUGUCCUUGAUCUUUAUGUGAGUACUUGGAAUCUGACUGAAUUGAGAUCACUAUUACCAAAUGCUUUUCCAUUCAUUAUCUCUUCCACCUGCACGCAUUUGUUCCCUAAAACAAAUUCCAUCUCUUGUUUGCCUUGUGGCAUAUUUGAAAGUAAAACUGUUCCUGAGUGAAUGUGAAGAUUUAUACAUAAAUUAUACAACGAUUGGUCUCAGUUCAUAAUCUAGUGGUUGAAUUCAUCAGCUAUUUACUGCCGUUUAGUGUUACUCUGUUCAACCAAUAUAACUUCCUAUGAAGCUCAGGCCAUCAUUUCUGAAGAAGGGUCUAGGCCCAGAACGUCAGCUUUCCAUCUCCUCUGAUGCUGCUUGGCCUGCUGUGUUCAUCCAGCUUCACACCUUGUUAUCUCAUCACUCCACAUGGUUGGAAUUAGUUCUUGGACUAUUAUUGUAAUUUCCCCCAUUGCAUCCCCCACCCCCAAGCUUUAUCUCCCAUCUCCAUCACUUCUACCCCAGUGGGCUCAUAGACUGGGGAUCUCAUAUAGUUGUAGAACAGAGCCUGGGACUUGCCUUCGCACUGUACAGGUAGCCUUGAUCAAAUACACUGCUGACAAAUCAAAACACGCAGAGAAAGAACAGCGCCCUGAGUGUGUGGAAACCAAAAACCUGCCUGAGGUAGCAUUAAGGAAAAGGGAGCUUUACUCUGUAUCUAACCCCGUGCUGUCCCUGUCCCUGGGAGUGUUUGAUGGGGACACUGUAGAGGGAGCUUUACUCUGUAUCUAACCCCGUGCUGUCCCAGUCCUGGGAGUGUUUGAUGGGGACACUGUAGAGGGAGAUUUACUCUGUAUCUAACCCCGUGCUGUCCCUGUCCUGGGAGUAUUUGAUGGGGACACUGUAGAGGGAGCUUUACCCUGUAUCUAACCCCGUGCUGUCCCAGUCCUGGGAGUGUUUGAUGGGGAAGGAACAGUGUAGACGGAGCUUUACUCUGUAUCUAACCCCGUGCUGUCCCUGUCCUGGGAGUAUUUGAUGGGGACACUGUAGAGGGAGCUUUACUCUGUACCUAACCCCGUGCUGUCCCAGUCCUGGGAGUAUUUGAUGGGGACACUGUAGAGGGAGCUUUACUCUGUAUCUAACCCCGUGCUGUCCCUGCCUGGAAGUGUUUGAUGGGGACACUGUAGAGGGAGCUUUACUCUGUCUCUAACCCUGUGCUGUCCCUGCCUGAAAGUGUUUGAUGGGGACAGUGUAGAGAGAGCUUUACUCUGUAUCUAACCCCGUGCUGUCCCUGUCCUGGGAGUAUUUGAUGGGGGGGGGGAACAGUGUAGAGGGAGCUUUACUCUGUAUCUGACCCUAUGCUGUCCCUGUCCUGGGAGUGUUUGAUGGUGGCGGGGGUGGAAACAGUGUAGAGGGAGCUUUACUCUGUAUCUGACCCUAUGCUGUCCCUGUCCUGGGAGUGUUUGAUGGGGAUAUAUACAGCUUGUGGAGCAAUCUCACUUUUAAAAGAGUUCUGUUAAACGAAAGGUGGAUUCCGUGCAGUGAUGUGGCGCCCCUCUGGUGAACGAGUUUGGAUGUUGGCUGGAAUGAUUCAUUGUGAACUUUUGUUUGUGCUCUUGAUGGAGGCAUGGCUUGACUCCAGCCAUGUUGUGAUGAACUCAUCCCAGAUUUGAAGCUUGUAAAUUUCUGUUCCAGUGACAUGAGCAGUGAGAAUUGGUGAAAACGAAAAACCUGUUCUCAGAAUUCCACAACAGGUACAGCCUGGCCAACCCGCGUUCUUGAUUUAUUCACCAUCUUAUUCCCAUAUCCUGCAUUUCCACUGAUACUUCAUUCUCCCCUUACCUGUGCGGCCAGGAUAAUGAGUAAAAGAAUGAGGGUCUUAAGCACCUGGAUUGUGGGUGACUUUGCAAUGUCAAUCAGUAGGAAAUGCUUCCCAACUGAUUAAUGGGGGCGAUUUGCCGCAUGUUAUUUGUUGAAAACCUGUCUACAUAUCACCCAUUCUGAACUACUUGAGUACUCCUGAGGUGUCUGGUUAUUGUAAAUAGAGAAAAACGAACAUUUAUGUUUCUGAAUAAAUUCUGUUUUUGUGUUCUAUACGUCCUUAGUUUCAUUUCCAUGACUGAGAACAGUGGACAAAACAGCAUCUUAGGAGCAGGAAUGCUGACGUU